UUACAUUUUUUCACCUAAUUGUUCAAGAAAGUGGCGCUCAAGAAUAUUCAACUUCUUAACUCCAUUCUCCAUCUUUUCUCCUUCUAAGUCAUGUAACACGUUUUAACUCUUUGAAACUUCUCCUCCUUUUCAUAUUUGACCAUUAAUAUAUUAGCAACAAAAAAAACCAAACAGUAUACUAUUCUAUGCAAUCUCAAGAACAUGGGCAAGAUCAUAGGAUUCAAUGUUUCAUUUUUUAUGUUGUUGUUAUUGUUUUUGUCUUUCCUAUGUUUUUAUCCUUUGUUUUUGCAUGCUGCUUCCUCCAUCACACAGAAUGAAUCUAUCAAAGAUGGUUCUACUUUGGUCUCAGAAGGUCUCAAAUUCGAAAUGGGUUUCUUCGGCUUAAACAACUCUUCAAGAUACGUUGGAAUUUGGUAUCGCAACGUUUCGGUUUCAGCAUACGUGUGGGUUGCAAACAGAGAAAAUCCUAUUAAAAACAGACAAGGUUCCAUCACAAUAAAAAAGGAUGGUAACUUGGUAGUUCUUGAUGGAGAGAACAACGAGGUUUGGUCAAGUAAUAUAUCAGUUCCUAUAAAUAACUCGCAAGCUGUUCUUCGUAAUGAUGGAAACCUUAUUCUUUCGGAUAGAGAAACUAACAAGGAGAUUUGGCAAACUUUUGAAGAUCCAACUGAUACAUAUCUUCCAGGUAUGAAAGUUCCCGCGAGUAGCGGAGGUGGAAUCGGGAAGGAUCCUACCUUUCGUGCGUGGAAAUCAGAGAAGGAUCCUUCAUUCGGAAAAUACACGAUGAGUGUUGAUUCGGAAGCCUCACCACAGAUAGUGAUUAUGAAAGGUGAGAAAAGAAGGUGGAGAAGUGGUUAUUGGGAUGGUAGAGUUUUCUCAGGUGUGCCAAAUAUGACAGGAAAUUAUCUUUAUGGUUUUAGGCUUAACACGGACGAUAAGGGAGAAAGGUAUUUUGUUUAUGAAGCAUUGAAUAGUAGUGAUAAGAUAAGGUUUCAGAUUGCUUAUGAUGGAUUUGAGAGACAAUUCAGGUGGAAUGAAAAUGAAAAAAAAUGGAAUGUGAUACAAAGUCUUCCUUAUAAGAAGUGUGAGUUUUAUAAUUCAUGUGGUAGUUUCGCAAUAUGUGAUGAGUCUGAUUCAGUUUUGUGUAAGUGCUUGAAAGGGUUUGAGCCAAAGGAUAUGAUAAGUUGGAAAAAUGGGAAUUGGUCAAAAGGGUGUAAGAGGAAGAAUCCAUUGAAGGGUGAGAGAACUAGUACUAAUAGUUCUGUUGGAGAAGAUGGUUUUUUGGUGCAAAGGGGUUUGAAGUUGCCUGAUUUUGCACAUUUGGUUAAUGCUGGUAAUAGCGAUGACUGUGAAAGAAAUUGUCUGCAGAAUAGUUCUUGUACCGCGUAUGUAAACACUAUUGGAAUUGGGUGUAUGGUUUGGUUUGGAGAGUUAGUUGAUGUUCAAAGACUAGAAAUUUAUGGAAAUACACUCAACAUUCGGCUUUCCGAUUCUGAUCUAGAUGAUGCGAAGAAAAAGACCAAGAUUUGGAUAACAUUAGCUGUUGUAAUGGCGGUUAUCUUUCUUGGAAUUUUUGCAUGGCUGCUAUGGAGAUUUAAGGGAAAACUCAAAGUCUCUUCGACUUCUUCUCUCAACAGAAACAUUGGUAAUGGAACAGUUUCUGAACCAUCCAAAAGUACAAACUUAUUAGUACCAGCAGAAUUUUCAGGAUCAGUUGAUCCGAAUUCGGAAGGGAGUCCUCUAAAUAAUGCAGAACUUUCAUUCUUCAAUUUUAGUAGCAUUGUAAUAGCAACAAACAAUUUCUCAGAAGAAAAUAAACUCGGACAAGGGGGAUUCGGUCCUGUCUACAAGGGAAAGCUUCCAGGGGGAGAAGAAAUCGCGGUAAAGAGGCUUUGUAGAAAGUCUAGCCAAGGUUCAGAUGAGUUCAAGAAUGAAAUGAUGCUAAUAGCCAAAUUACAACAUAGAAAUCUUGUUAGACUGUUAGGAUGUUCAGUUCUAGAGGAAGAAAAGUUACUGGUAUAUGAAUACAUGCCAAACAAAAGUCUAGACUUUUUUUUAUUUGAUCCAGUCAAGCAAACAAAACUAGAUUGGACUAUACGUUCUGAAAUCAUCGAGGGUAUUGCUAGAGGACUACUUUAUCUGCACCGUGAUUCACGGCUUAGAAUAAUUCAUCGGGAUCUAAAAGCAAGCAACAUUUUGUUGGACGAAAAUAUGAAUCCAAAAAUAUCAGACUUUGGCUUGGCAAGGAUAUUUGGUGGAAACCAAAAUGAAGACAAUACAACUAGAGUAGUUGGUACAUAUGGUUACAUGUCUCCUGAAUAUGCGAUGGAAGGUCUAUUUUCAGUUAAAUCUGAUGUCUAUAGUUUUGGCGUACUUCUACUAGAGAUUGUGAGUGGUCGCAAAAACACUAGCUUUCGUGAUUCUUAUGAUCCAAGUCUCAUAGGAUAUGCAUGGCGUCUAUGGAAUGAAGAGAGAGUGAUGGAGCUUGUUGAUCCUUCGAUCCGUGAUUCAUGUAAAAAGAGUAAAGCAUUGAGAUGCAUACACAUAGGGAUGUUAUGUGUGCAAGAUUCAGCAUCUAAUAGACCAAACAUGUCCUCAGUGGUAUUGAUGCUGGAAAGUGAGGCAACAACUCUUCCAUUGCCUAUUCAACCUUUGUUUACUUCAAUGAGGAGAUAUGAUGAUACUGAAGAAUUUCAUACCGAACCCUUUGAAUCCUCAGUUGAUCUUACAGUGACAGGGAGAUAAAGCAAACAAAUUAGUCCAUGUAUAGUAAUAGCAUAGCAAUAUGUACAUGUUUCAUUUGAUUAUACAUUAUUAUUGAGUGCUUGUUUCAUGGUGGCAUUUCCACUUCAUGGUGGCAUUUCCACUUCCCUUUUAUUGCAUUAUUUCACUUUAAAAACAAGAGUGGAGGAAACACGUUAGAAGACGGUGACAGUUUCUCAUAGAAGAAAGGGUAUUGUAGUGGCAACAAAUCUACUAAUAAAUAUAGGGAUUUUUUUGUGGAUAAUAAUAAAUAUAGGGAUUUAUUUGUAUGGUUUGAUUAUUAUUAUUUUCUACCCUUAUUAUUCUGGGCCGUCUACAAGGUUCACGAAGAAUGUCCAAUAACAAACGUUGAAGAGACAAAGAUGCAAUGAACAGACGGACCUUCAUCUCUCUCUGUCGAAGACACUCGGUCACAUCUCUUAUCAUUGAUAUCUAAUUGAACAACCGUUUGCAAAAGGCGCCGAAUUACACACGGAUGGUUUUAACCGUCCAUACUAUAUAAAGACCAGAUCGCGUAAUGCUCGAUAUUCAAUUUCCCCCACUCUUAUACCACUUUACAGUCAGUGCCAUAUUUGAGAGUUGGAAUACUAAUCUUGUAGGUCCACUUCCUCUCCGUCGUACCAAUAACUGGCUCCACUGCACUUAGACUUCACUUCACCACUUUACUACACAUUUAUGGUUCCCUAAGCCUAACGGAAAUAUGACGCAGUAUGUGAGAAUCGACUCUUGAUUCCCACAGUUUUUUCCACAAAAACCACUAUCUCUUCAUCGAAGACACAUAUCACAGAUCUUCUUCUCUAAAAUCAUUGAUGUUCUUCUCGCAGGUCGCUGAUCUUUUUCUCUCGAAACACUGAUCUCUUUCUCUAACGAAUCAUAUAACAAACUCUUGAAGCCAUGGUGACAUCGGAGAUUACCAAAUGUGCCGCUUAACAUCAUUCCGUUGAGAAUAACAAAUCUUCACCUCCUCCUCAAUUAGUAAAUGAUUCAAUCUUUGUGACCUCUCUGUCUGUUGUUGCACAACAAGAUAUCACUCCUCCAAGAACUGACUCAGGAACGUUCUAAGAUUUUUUUGUAUUCCAACCUAUGCAACAACUUUUUCAAGGCCAAUCUUCACAUCAAGCUCCAUAGCAACCGUUUAUAAUUAGACAUGCUCCUGAAUAUUCAACAAUUACAAGCUAACUUAGGUAUGCAAGGAGUUGUUGACAUACUGAUCAAUGUUUGUAACUUGGUAUAACAACAAAAUUCCCAAGCCUUGGUUUAUAGAAUACCUCAAAUUGAAGAGAAAUUGCAAUGUGCUCCUCCAAUAGACAACACUACGCAAGACGGCAACACUCGACGAUCAUGGAGUGAUCAUACCACAUACGACUUUGGUAGAUGAAUUUUCCCCAUAUAGAGCAGACAUAACUGAAGCAGAAGACAUUGUACUCCUUC